UCCCAUUUGUUUAUUUUGGCUUUUUUGCCCUUGCCUGAGGAGACAGAUCCAUAAAAAUAUUGCUCAGACUUAUGUCCAAGAAUUGACUCUUUAUGUUUCCUUCUAGGUUUUUUUUGGUUUCCAGUGUUACAAUCAAGUCUUUAAUCAGUUUUGAGUUUAUGUAUGAUGUAAGAAAGUGGUCCAGUUCCAUUCUUUUGCAUGUAGUUGUCCAGUUUUUCCAACACUACUUGUUGAAGAGACUUUUCCCCGUUAUAUUCCCAUUUUCCCCAUAUAUUCUUGUCUCUUUUGACAAAGAUUAAUUGACUGUAAUCAUGGGUUUAUUUCUGGACUUUUUUUUUUCCUGUUCCAUUGAUCUGUGUGUCUGUUUCUGUGCCAGCACCAUACUGUUUUGGUUACUAUAGCUUUUAGUACAGAGAGAGAAUAUAUAUUUUUUUUAAUUUAUCAAAAUCACUUUGAGAACCUCGUGUGUUGUUUGGAGACAGACAGAACUGAUGAAGAAAAUGCACAAAUUGAUUGUAAAAUGAGUUUUAUGUGUGGAACUUACAAUAUGAAAUUGCCUAGAAUACCAAUUUAUAGCCAAUUUAGACUCCAUAUAGGCAAAUUAUCACCUAGUUUCUAAACAAAUGUGUCAAUAAUGUAGAUGUUCAUCCCCUGAGCCUAGUACCAUUCAAGUAAAAUGAUCUAUGUGGGCAGAUCACUGUUAAAAGAAGUUGAAAGAUUCUAUAGAUGAUCAUUAAUGCAUCCUUUAAACAAAGGACUUCCUAUACCAUUGGAAACUGGAAUAAUAGUAAAGUAUACAAAUCCUCAUUUACUUUUCAGUUUUGAUUAAGAAGAUGGCGCCCCCCCCCCCCCCAUGAUUAGCAUCUCAUCUGAGAGGAAAACUUAUGGUGCAUUUUAAAUAACUGAAAUAAAGUGACAAAGAAUGGGGUUGCCCCAAACAAGGUUUAGUUUCUGUGAUGAGUGAUUCAGAAAAGCCCCUAAGAACUUUCACUGAAAGAGAAAAUUGCUCAAGAGUUAAGUUAAUUCACCUGGUGUUUUCACUUUCCAGAAAAAUUCUGCAUGCUGUUACUUUCUUUUGUUUUGUGUAAAAGAAAAAGAAACAUUAUCAUCAACACACAGUUUUAUUUUUGAAGAUUAGAAAAGCCUUCUGCUUUUUUAAAGGAAAACGAAGGCAUCUAUCUACAUUGUCUCUCACUAGUCAACAAACUGAGGAAAUAAGUAGCAUUGUAACUGAAUUUGAGUUGUCUUAAACAUUGUUUCAACUCUGCAUUUUCACUGCGGUUUUCUGUAUUGUCACUCUAGCUGCUACACUCGUAGCCCUGGAAAUAUAUUUCUUUCUAUGUUUAUUUACGUAUGUAUAUAUUCUUAUAUAUUGGCACACAUGCACAUCAAAGAACAAAAACAUCCAAAAGUGAUUUUCCAUUAAAAAAUAAACAUUGACAUGUGACAUAUAUCAGUGAGAUAAUUUAGAGCAACCUUUUAUUCACAGUACUCUUACUGUAAAUUUUCAAGUGUGCAAAUACAACAUGUCAAUUAUCCACAUUUGUGUGGUUUCCUGUGCUCCUUGUGGUCUUUUAAAGACACAUUCUAUAUAAAUUUUAAAAGUACUAUAAAAUGGAGUCGCAUGAAUGAAAAAAUAUUUUGAAAUAUACAUUUUCUAGGAUGAAGAACUUUGGAGCGUCUACUUUUUCUGUAUACUUGACUCAUAAAUAUACUGUUUGUAGAAGGGUUGGACAGACUGAAAUUGAAUUUCAGUGAGAAAGUGUGAAGAUUUUAUUCCUUAGGAGAUCUAACAUUGCAUCCACACUGAUCAAGGAUUUCUUACAUCUUCACUCUGAUAUUUAUUGAUAUGUAUCAUAGUAAUCGUAGUGAGUAGAAUGUCAUUUCUGGUAAUGCUGAGUGUCAGCAUUUCAAAGACUGAAAAAUCUAUGAGUAAAAUUGUUCUUAAUAUGUUAUCAUUGCCAAAUGAAAGCUGUUCUGAUUUCCCCAUUCUCUCCUCUAGGGAAUUAUACUUAUCUUUCAUUCUGUGUCAGGAGAAACUGUCAUUUAAGGGCAAUUUUUGUUCCUAUGCUGGCAUAUUUCUUUUGUUUAUGUUCUUUCUUUUCCCAUAUGGGAAUCUGUCUCAGCGUGUGAGUGUACAGCUUAUCCAUGCAUAAAUGGCAGCAUUUCUUCUACUUCUUCUGUUGUCUUAGGAGUUGUUGCUGUUUGAGAGUUGCUGCGUAGGAUGGAUACUGAGGGGAAAUGGCAAUUUUCUUCUAAUGUCUGAAGUUAAACAUAGUUCUUCUGUUCAUGUUUUGCGUUUCUACUUAAGACCUCUCAACCUGUAAGGUUUUCGAUGGGCAUGUAUAUCAGCUUCUAUGAUUAUAAAUAAUCAAGAGUUCUCUCGGAUCACAUUAGACAGAUUUACCAAAGGAUAUUUUAAGAAUUAAUUUCAAAACUUUCUGAAUUUAGUCAAAUGGUCCCAUACUAGCAGAUAAUCCAGACUGUACUGAGAUUCUUGAGGGUAGAUGAAAGCCCAGUGUUGAGAAAGCAGAAUGGCCCCAUGGUUCAGUAUGUAGACUCUGGGGCCAGACUUGGGGUAAGUUAGCUAGUUAGCUAGUCAGUUAGUAGCUGUGUCUUUUUACUUCAGUUAUCCUCUUCUAAAAAUAGGAAUUGUAUAGCUCUCGGAAUUAAAUGAGUUAAUAUUGUCCACAUUCUUAGAAUUCUGUCUGUGUGUAAAAUUUUGUAGAACCUCUAUUUCAUUUAAUAUAUCUUUGUCUAAGUCCUAAUAUUUGCAAGUAUUAUCUUAAGCACUUCAGAGUUGAAGCUAUAUUACACCUGCUAUUUAAGAAGUAUGUGGUCUUGGGUUAGUUCUUUAACCUCUCUUUAGCUCAUUUUCUUCAACUGUAACAGGGUUUUUGCAACAAGUAGAUGAGAUCCUAUAUACAGAAACACAUAUGUAGAGUGCUUAGCUAGUGUCUGAUCAUAGUAAACACUUAGAUGUCAGCAUAUUUUCUAGUAUGGGAGGUAAAACAUGUAGAAAACAAAUAUGCAGGGUGGGAAAUGACAUGCACAAUAAGAGAGAUUAAGGUGUUAGCGGAGCAUAUUUCUAACAGGCAGCAAUAGGAGGCGGAGAGGCAUGGUUGGGGAAGGUUAGGAGGAGCUGGCAUUUGACUUCUAUGUUGAAGAAUGCAUGAAAUUUAGACAUCCUUUGUGCAGAGAGAUGGCGUUUCAGGUAGAAGGGACAAUGUAAAUGAAGAUUCAGAGUUAGGAAAUCAGGUGCCUAAUGAGAACAGCGUGGAGUUCAUCUUGGUUAGACUGAAGGAGGCAUCCAUUCAUACUAUAUCAAUAAGGAAAAUAGUGAGAAAUAAAGUUGGGAAGGUAGAUUGGGACCCGAUAAUAGAAGUCCUUGAAUAAGUUGGAUGUUCUUUGUCUGGCUUUUGAAAGAUGUUUAAGCUUUCUAAGCAGAGGAGUCACGUGAUCAAACUUCUCUGAAUUCUUUCAGGAUAUUGUCAUUUUGCGUUUAUAAGUAGGACGGAAGGGAGAUGGAGAUCCUGGAAACAAAGGCAUUUAUAAGUAAGGUAUAAUGGAGAAGGGCUUGGGCACUGGUUCAAGCAAGAGAUAAUGAGGUCCUGAGCUAGUAUGUGAGAAUAUGUAGUGGAAGGAACAGAUGGAAAGAGACAUUGCAGUGGAAGACUUGUCAAGACUUGGCAGCUGGAUGUGGAAGGUGAGAGGAUGGACAAAUAGUGCUUCAGAACUGCUGGUUUUAGGUAACUAAGAGGCUGAAGCUGCCAUUAACAGAAAUGGGGAACACAGGAUAUAGAGCAGGUUGAGUAGGAAUAGGAACAGUAAUAAGCUCUGACCUUUGUUUAGAAUUCAUCAAGCUCAAGAUACUGACUUCAUCCUGGCCACCUGGGGAGGGGGCGCUCUUCCUUUAAGUAGGUGGGAAAGAAUAGAGUUCUUUUCAAAAACUGUGAAAUAUGUGAAUGGUCAGUAAAUAUUGCAGUGUUCUGAUAAAAUUAUUGAGUUACAGCAUUAUAGAAGACUCCUUUUGUUUCUACUCCUUUCAAGAAAAUAAUGAGAGAAGUACAGACAGAAAGAUGUAAAUGUAUUCUUCAGUGAUCUUAAUGGAUAAAUGGAAAUCUGUUCCUUUAGGAACUUGAAGUUUGAGUGUCAAAUACCGUAAAUUGUGUUUAAAUAGUGGUGAGACUUUAUGAUAUGUCAGGUGAAAGAACAAAAUUCAAGAUUAAUUCUAGCAUCUCAAUAGUAAUUUAAAAAGGUCUUUCAAUAUAGUACCAGAAACAUUGUUUGGGAUGUGACAAGAUAGAUAGUCCUCAAUUUUGGAUUCCUUAGGUGUUGGACAAAUUCACUUUUUAUGCUUAAUUAUAUUUAUUUUGAGGGUUUUUUUUGUAGAGUUGUCUUUUUUUUUAGCCUCCUUACAAUCAAUUUGGUAAGUAAUAAAAUUUAUGAUUCUUAGGCAAAUUAUUUAAUUAACUGGUAGCUUCCAAUUGAAGGUAACUUGAUUUGCUGUUUUGUUUUUGUUGUUGUUGUUGUUUUAAUAGGCUUCAUGAGAAAGACAAACCGUACUGAUCACUUAGAAUCUAGCAUACUGUGCUUUUAGCUAAAUGACUAAUGCUUGUAUCUAGAUAUAAAGAAGUAUAAAUACAAAUAAUAAGUAGAUAAGAGGUAAAUACUUAACAGCUGAACAGUGUUCACCAAGCUUUUCAAUUUAUAAUACUAUGCAACACAAGUGAAAGUAUUAUCUCACUCCAAAGAGACCCUGAAACCCAGAGAAGUUAAGGGAUUCACCUAUUUAAAAGUUAUUCCUUAUAAUCAAACUGAGACUGUCAUUCAUGUACAGUCAUGAAGAAUUUAUAUUUUCAAAAUGCAUCUUUCAUAGCCAGGGCAUUUAAUGUUUCUAAAAGCUGUUUGGUCUAAAUGACCAAACAGUGGUCAUUUUCAACACUCUGAUAGUGAAAUUGUGAUUGUAUGUGAGUCAUAAAAUUCUUUCACUAAAUCUAAUAUGUAGCAAUAUAUAAAAAAUAUUUAAAUCUCCAUCCUAGAAGUUAUGUAUGAGUAUGCAAAUAGAAAUGGUAUUGGGAGGCUCUUAACCCACUAAUUCUGGAAUGUUUAACCUUAUUUCUGAAAUGUAUCAUGAAACUUUCCUCAGGUUGGAAUUCUCAUUCUUGUCAAUCACUGAAUCACAGACUAGAUCUUCAAUGUAAUUUUAGUCCAUCUCAAUGGCAGACAUUUAUUUUUCCAGUAAACUUUGUGAACCUCACUGUGUCAAGGGAUGAAACAGACACCAAUGGGAUACUGUCUUUGCCCUCAAGGAACUGUUGGGGGAGGCCAAGGCCGGCAUGCAUGCGGUGUGGUGUGCUUGCUGACAAGAGGGAAGGUGGAAGCAGAGACAACCAACCAUAAGAGCUGGGCUGGAGUCCCACUCGCUUCUAGCUGUCCAACUUCCUCUUGAACAAUUACCGCAGUGGUAAUUGUUAGCCACAUCUUCUGUUGGUCAGUUUUCAUUGUUAAAAGGCUCUUUUGCCUUAUUUUGUUUUGCUUUAAUGGUUGACCAAAAAUUGACCACCUUAGAACAUCUCUUUGUGGGUCCUCGUUGAAUUCUCCAGAGCAUCACUGCACUCUACACCAGGGCUUUGCAAACUAUCCGUGAUGAGGACCGGUUUUGUUUUUUGUUUUUUAACUUCUAAUCUGUCAUGGACUGAUGCUGUUAUAAAAUGCCGUAACCAUGGAUUUGAAAAAUGGAAAGGAGAAAUCCAAAGAUACACAAAAUCCAAGCCCUGAUUUUUCCUUGUUAGAUUCAACAGACAUGAGGGGACUCUGUCAAGUUGUUACAAACUUUUCUAUGUCUUACUCUUUGAUGCUGUACGUCUCUCCUUGCAAACAAGGAACAGUUGGAGAAGGGGCAAUGACACUCAGAGCAUACACCAGGUAGCACUGCUCAGCAUGCUAGGCUUUCUUUCCAGGGAGCUGAUGGUAAAGUUUUCUCUUCUGUUUCUAAUUAAAUUUUAGAAUUAGCCUAUUGACUUUCCUCUAAUAAAAUGCAUUUUUCUUCGGUAUUGAUGAAAUUUAGUCUCUCUCUUGCUAGGUACUCAUUGUUCUAGUACAUUGUUAAUACACAGAAUGGCCAGAGCCAAGAAAACAAGGAGAGGUGAUAGUGAGUGGUCCCCACACUUAGUUCACAGUGUCUUUUAUUCCUUUCCAUAUCACGCUCAUCACGAUCAGUCUUCAGCUCAGUUUACAGACAUUUUUUGGUGCUUAUUUAUUGCAAGAUACUGUGCUAGGUGCAGGGGAUAUUUAGAUGGAUAGCACGUGAUUCUUACCCUCAAAGUGUUGCUCCUGUGGGAGAGACUGACCAACUUCUGUUUUUGUAUAUGUUUAAUACACUCAAUUUUGAUAUAUUCAUAAAAGUGAGAUAAAAUAAAUGUUAUUAACUUGAUAGUUAUUGAAUUUUACUAUUUUUCAUUUCAAAUGAAUUGUGAAAUUUUUAGAUGUAGGUAUAGAGUGAAGCAUAUGGCAAUAUAAAAUUAUUAAAAUCAUGAUAUAGUGGUCUUCUAAAUUUUUCUUACAGACCACAUUUUCCCCAUGAUAACUAUCAAGACUUAAAAUGAUAUUGCAUUGGGUGUGCCAUCGACAUGGAGUUAUUCAAACAAGAUUUUAAGGCACCAGACAUAGGCAACCAGUUUUCUUGGAUUAUAAGUCAAGUUAUUUUUUGUUAGGCUUUUUAACCAGUCUGUGGUGUAAAGACACACUUCCAGAGGAUCCUUAGAAGUCUUGGACAAGCUUACCCUUAUGUGGCAGACCCAGGACUAGGCUGGGGUGAGAGAGGCACCUUGGGUGUAAAAGGUGCUGUGCCGGCGACUGGUAACCCAAAGAUGAUGAUAAAUAAGUUCCUGUCCAGAAGGAGCUAGCGAUCCACUGGGGAUUCCUCUUGCUGAUGACACAAUUCCUGUGUGAAUCUGUUUACAAGAUUCUGAAAGCUGAACAGAGAACUUUGGCACUGCACUGGGUAGGAAAAAGCAUUGCAAGAAAUAGAUAACAUCAAGAAGGACAUCAGGAGUAGGAGAAAUUGGCCUGGGAGGCUCAGCAGGAGCCGUAUGUUUCCUUGAGCUCUCGGGCUGUUUUAGUCAGUGGUCUUUAACCAAAUAGUAAGAAGGAACACUUUAUCGUUCCAGGAGCGCUCUUCAUGGUCACACAGAAAUGAUGUCUUCCAAGCGACCAGCCUCUCCGUAUGGGGAAGCAGAUGGAGAGGUAGCCAUGGUGACAAGCAGACAGAAAGUGGAAGAAGAGGAGAGUGACGGGCUCCCAGCCUUUCACCUUCCCUUGCAUGUGAGUUUUCCCAACAAGCCUCACUCUGAGGAAUUUCAGCCAGUUUCUCUGCUGACGCAAGAGACUUGUGGCCAUAGGACCCCCACCUCUCAGCACAAUACAAUGGAAGUUGAUGGCAAUAAAGUUAUGUCUUCAUUUGCCCCACACAACUCAUCUACCUCACCUCAGAAAGCAGAAGAAGGUGGGAGGCAGAGUGGUGAGUCCUUGUCGAGCACGGCCCUGGGAACUCCCGAACGGCGCAAAGGCAGCUUAGCUGACGUUGUUGACACCUUGAAGCAGAGGAAAAUGGAAGAGCUCAUCAAAAAUGAGCCAGAAGGUAAAGAAACCCCCAGUAUUGAAAAGCUACUCUCAAAGGACUGGAAAGACAAACUUCUUGCAAUGGGAUCAGGGAACUUUGGUGAAAUAAAAGGGACUCCUGAAAGCCUAGCUGAGAAAGAGAGGCAGCUCAUGGGUAUGAUCAAUCAACUGACCAGUCUGCGAGAGCAGCUAUUGGCUGCCCACGAUGAGCAGAAGAAACUGGCUGCAUCUCAGAUUGAGAAACAGCGCCAGCAAAUGGAGCUGGCCAAACAGCAACAAGAACAGAUUGCAAGACAGCAGCAGCAGCUCCUGCAGCAACAACACAAAAUCAAUUUGCUUCAGCAACAGAUCCAGCAGGUUCAAGGUCAACUGCCGCCAUUAAUGAUUCCCGUGUUCCCUCCUGAUCAACGGACACUGGCUGCAGCUGCCCAGCAAGGAUUCCUUCUUCCUCCAGGCUUCAGCUAUAAGGCUGGAUGUAGUGACCCUUACCCUGUUCAGCUGAUCCCAACUACCAUGGCAGCUGCCGCUGCAGCAGCACCAGGCUUAGGCCCGCUCCAACUGCAGCAGUUAUAUGCUGCCCAGCUAGCUGCAAUGCAGGUAUCUCCAGGAGGAAAGCUCCCAGGCAUUCCCCAAAGCAACCUCGGUGCUGCUGUAUCUCCUACCAGCAUUCACACAGACAAGAGCACAAACAGCCCACCACCCAAAAGCAAGGAUGAAGUGGCACAGCCACUGAACCUAUCAGCUAAACCCAAGACCUCUGAUGGCAAAUCACCCACAUCACCCACCUCUCCCCAUAUGCCAGCUCUGAGAAUAAACAGUGGGGCAGGCCCCCUCAAAGCCUCUGUCCCAGCAGCAUUAGCUAGUCCUUCAGCCAGAGUUAGCACAAUAGGUUAUUUAAAUGACCAUGAUGCUGUCACCAAGGCAAUCCAAGAAGCUCGGCAGAUGAAGGAGCAGCUUCGGCGGGAGCAACAGGUGCUUGAUGGGAAGGUGGCUGUUGUGAAUAGUCUAGGUCUCAAUAACUGCCGGACAGAAAAGGAAAAAACAACACUGGAGAGUCUGACUCAGCAACUGGCAGUUAAACAGAAUGAAGAAGGAAAAUUUAGCCAUGCCAUGAUGGAUUUCAAUAUGAGUGGAGAUUCUGAUGGAAGUGCUGGAGUCUCGGAGUCAAGAAUUUAUAGAGAAUCCAGAGGGCGUGGUAGCAAUGAACCCCACAUAAAGCGUCCAAUGAAUGCCUUCAUGGUGUGGGCUAAAGAUGAGCGAAGGAAAAUCCUUCAAGCCUUUCCUGACAUGCACAACUCCAACAUCAGCAAGAUAUUGGGAUCUCGCUGGAAAGCUAUGACAAACCUAGAGAAACAGCCAUAUUAUGAGGAGCAAGCCCGUCUCAGCAAACAGCACCUGGAGAAGUACCCUGACUACAAAUACAAGCCCAGGCCAAAGCGCACCUGCCUCGUGGAUGGCAAAAAGCUGCGCAUCGGUGAAUACAAGGCAAUCAUGCGGAAUAGGCGGCAGGAAAUGCGGCAAUACUUCAAUGUUGGGCAACAAGCACAGAUCCCCAUCGCCACUGCUGGUGUGGUAUACCCUGGAGCCAUCGCCAUGGCUGGAAUGCCCUCCCCUCACCUGCCCUCGGAGCACUCAAGCGUGUCUAGCAGCCCCGAGCCUGGGAUGCCCGUUAUCCAGAGCACUUAUGGUGUGAAAGGAGAGGAGCCACAUAUCAAAGAAGAGAUACAGGCUGAGGACAUCAACGGAGAAAUUUAUGAUGAGUUCGAUGAGGAAGAAGAUGAUCCAGAUGUAGAUUAUGGGAGUGACAGUGAAAACCAUAUUGCAGGACAAGCCAACUGAUAAGGGUCAAAAAAUGGUUGUGACCUUAGGACUUAAAGAAGCCCUAGCUGGUUCAUCCUUACCAGUGGCCAAGCACAUUAACUUUCUCAUACACUGACUGUUACUUUAACUGUUAGUCUUAAAUAGUUGGGACAUCAGCUGACUAAUAGACCUCAGCCUCAAAAGGCUUGGAAAGGAAAAAAAAAAAAUACAAGCAAACAACAAUAUCAACAACAAGAGAUUGAAAUAAGCUAUGGGUAAAAUAAUGCCAGUAAUUCAGCUGCUACAUCCAAGCACUGAAGUCUUACCCGUCAACUUUUUUUUUUUUUAAUAAACUUUAUGGCUGUUUGUUCUACAAUGUUCUAGAAAUUCUCACUCAGGUACACAGUGCCAACAAGUGGCUUGUGAAUGUGUUUUGUUGUUUUGUGCUACAAUUUUUAAAAAGAAAUAAGUUUUGUUUUGUUUUUUGGGGCUUCUGGGUUUUUUCCUUUUCCUUUCCUUUCCUUUUUUUUUCCUUUUUUUUCUUUUCUUUUUUUUUUUUUUGUAAUGCACCUGACAGAAAAAAAGAAAGAUGAAUUUCUCUUUACUUCUCUCCACCUUCUCCAUCUCUAUACUUUAAAGAUGGAAGUCUGUGCAUGGGGGGGAAGAGGGAAAAAGAGCCUGUUUUUAACUUCCUUGCUAUCCACCACAAAAUAAGCAAUUAUUUUCUUCAGAGGACUUUCUUUGUCUAUUGCACACCACACUACAUCUUUGAGCAAGUGCCAAAUUUGUACUGAAGUGUUGACCCAGUUCCUUUUUUUUCCUUUCCUUUUUCCUGUUCCUUCUUAAGUUAGGACAGUGUUAUAUCUUAGACAAUCCCUUGGAAAACCUGAAAUACCAGCAGCUGGUGAGAUUUGACUUUUUUUUUUUUUUAAUGGAAACUGUAGGUGCUGUUCUCAGGUGAAAAGAGAGAGAGAGAGAGAGAGACAUAAGAAAUUUAGAGAAAAAAAUAUUUUCUGAUCUUGGAUUUUUGUGUGUAUGUAUGUGUGUGAUUAUGGUACUAAUAGGAAUAACAUUGAACCAUUGUGAGUUAAACCCACAUCUGGGGAUGAAAUCCCACAUCCUCCUAAGUGACUGGUCUGGAAGCAACCUUGACCUUGACUUUGCACUUCAAAUGACAACCAAGAUAGGGCUCAGAAAUUAUAUUUUUAAAUUUCUAAUAUGAUUAUUGGAUGGAUUGGGCGGCCCUGUGUAAUAGAGGUGUGCACGUAUAACAUGGAAGCUACUAGCAAACUGUUCCCAGAUGUCCCUUCUUCCUGAUCAGUUGGUUCCACUAAUGUUUGCUACUUAAUGAUUUCUGUUUGUUUUUCCUAUUGAUAACUUCGAGCAAAACAAUCAUUGUUUUCCUUGAAUAUAUUUGGCCAUUUUCCAGGAACACAGAAUUAGCUUAUUUCUUCAACAUUCCAUCCUUUCCUGAUCAGGAAAUGGAACUGAUGAUUUUAUAAGGUAUUUUUCAUCUCUCCAUGAAAUGAGGCGGAGGCCAUUUGCAUUUCACAAUUGUGGGCCAUGUGCAUCCCAUACCAUAAAGAGCAGGAUUUGAUUAAAAGUCAUUGCAGCCCAACAAAAUGGAGCCGGGCUGAACCUAGUGAGCGUCGCUACGACUCUUCACUCGCUGUAAGAGGAAUCCACUGAAGGCCAAUUUUUGGUUCCAGCAGAGUAUGUGCAUAGAGCGACAACUGAUGGUGACAGAACCGCUUGUUUAGAUUUUGCCAACCAAAUGCCACGACAGUUAUAGGGCUUGUACAAAUGAACGCAAAAUCGUUUAAAGUCAAUUGCCAUUAUUUGUGCUGAGGCAUCAGACAGUAAAUACUCCAACCAGGAGCUUGGAUGUGCUAUGGUUUUCACUCCAGUCAUCAUUUUGCUAUCUCACCCCUCAAACCUGACCCAAAAGUUUGAUUUUUACAUAUAAAUAAGAAAAAGAAUCCUUUUUAUUUUUCUCUCUCUCAAAAGACUUGCUCUGGGGUUUUGCUUGGAGGAGCUGAUCAUAUCUUGCAUGUCAGAGAUUUUGUUUUGUUUUUCUGUUUGUUUUUGAUGACUGUAUUUUCAUUUGAACUGCCUCUUUUUGCUAGUGUUGUAAUGAUGAUGAUGAUAAAAUAAUAAUAAUAAUAAUAGUAAUAAUAAUAAUAAUGGUCAGCUGUUCCCAGAUUAGUAAGUUAUGUAUAAUUUAUUUCUCCCUCUCUAUUUUAUUCUCCUCUGAUUUGGAAGUACAGCCAAUAAGCUGUUAGAUAUUUAAAACAAAUUCCCAUCUUCCAACUCAUUUAUAUAUAUAUAUUUAUACACACACACACACACACACACACACACAUUCACCCACACAAUUUUACUUCUCCUUCAGUACAUUUUCUCCUUUUUAAAAAUUUGGCCCCAACAACGUCAAGUUCUGGUGUUUCAUACAAAGGAGUGAAUAGGAGGGUCAUGUUCAAUCUUAAUUAACUUAUGCUCUCAUCACUCAUUUUAGUUAUGUAAUUGCCACAGUCAUCUAGAGCCAUUUUUUUUUUGUUUUUGUUUGUUGUUUUUAAGCACUCUGGAUAAGAAAAAAAUAGACACUCGUUUUAUAUCGUUAUUAUGUACAAUGUGAAAACAGAUUUUUAAAAAUUUGUUCUUCGUCUUUGUUAACAAAUUCUUAUGUGGGUUCACCUCUCACGUUUGCUGGAUACUUAUUUUACACCACGUUAUAAAGAUGCUUUGUUUUCAUUUCAUUUCUUUGGGCUACAAGAAUACUUUGUUUUAGCUCCAGGUAGAUGCCACUGAGGGCAAUCACAGCUGAAACCAAUUCUAACACACUUACCAGUGAGUUGACAAAACACUUCUGUGUGGUCUUUUUUUGUUCGUUUUUUAUUCUGUUUUAUUUGAAGGGGAAAAUGAAAUUGUUAAUGGUGACCUUUAACUGCUGAAAUUCAGAAGUUAAUUUUAUUUAGUUAGGUUUAUGUCAGAGAGACUACACCAUGGUGGACUAAAACAGGAAGUCCAGAGCCUUGUGUUCUGUUCUCUUGUUCUGACAUAGGAUUCGCUGGCUGUCGCAAUUUCUUUGCCUUGGUUUUCCCCAAAAGAAAACGAAAAAAAAUUAUGUUGAUGUUUAAAGUGCUUUGAUGUCCUUUGAUAAAAGGUGCUAUGAAUAGCAACUUACUGUGUUAACACAUUGCCUUUUUGGCAUUUGAUUGGUUUAUCAUUUUUAUAAAGGAUCCUAAAACCUUGUAUUCUUUUUCUGUGCCCCAUGAUGAUCAAAAAAGCUAAAGUUGAGGAAAUGAGAGGAAGAUCAAACUGAAAUGAAGCUAACAUUUCCCUCCUCUAUCCUUUCCUACCUCCCCGUUCAUAUAUCCCCUCUCAUUCUCCCUCUGUCUUGCUCCCUUUCUCUCUCCCUCUCUCUCACACACACAAACGCAUACACACGUGCAUACACACACACACACGCACACAUGCACACACUCACCCCAGUACUGAGGAAUAAUCUUGCCUGAAUUCUGAUUUAUGGCUAUUGUGAUCAAUUCAUCUAAAAACAGUCAUGUUUUAAAAUGAAUCUAAGAGAAUAUCACUGGAGAAAAUAGGUUCAAGUUGCUCAUUUACAAGAUACUCCUAAUUUGGCUGGUUACUUGGAUAAAAUACAAAUACUUUGGCUUGGCAAUUGGAUAAAAUACAAAACUGUUCUUCAGUACAUGUGUACCUAAAUUACUUAAGUCAAUUUUUUACAUUUAUUUGGCAUCUGCAUUUAAAAGUUAACCAUAUAUAAAAUCCCUCCCAAAGAUCAUAACUAUUAUUGAAACCAAACCCUCUUAUAAGGAACAAAUAUAAAAGAGUUGUCUUUGAUGAAAUUAUUUCAUAGAUUUGAUUUUGGAGUAGACUUUUACCUUAAUUCAUUUAAAGAAAGUUAUCUUUAACUAUUUUGUGGUCCCAAUUUCAGAUAUUUUCUUAAUCCAGAAGUUGUUACUGUUUCCAGAAGAAAUCUCUUAUAUCACAUUUAAAACAUCAAAAGUAAUUACAUUUUCAUUCAUUCUAAUGGGUAAAUUAUUGAAUUGUAAUAAACAACUGUAUAUUUGCAAACAGGUUUAUAAAAUAUUUGUCUAUCAAGUUAAUAGUAAAAUAAAAAUUAUGGGGUCUGCAAGGAAAAUUAUGAAGCCCACUUAAAGUGGUUCAGAUAUCUCUUUGUCGUAUAGGGCAUAAGUUUUUGUUUAGACAGGCUUUUACAGUAUUUAAUUUUAAAGUUUCCUAUAACUAUCAGUUUCCCAAGUUGAAGAUGAUGUUGUGUUAAGUUUUCUACUGAUUGAUUCCUGUUCUCCCCAGUGUGUCUGUCACUGGUUCACUAAAACAGUAUUUAUACAGCUCCACUGGCUCUAAAGCUCUUAGUCCGUCUAACAUUUUGGAUUUUAUGAGUAAAAAUGGGGAAAAAAAGUAGAAAAGAGACAAUCAAAUGCCUGGAGCUUAAAACAAAGUAUGUGCAACCUACCAUCUCACUUGAAAUUUAAUAAAAUAAAUAAUUAUGUAAAUAUAACAUAGAGUUAUAGAUUUAUAUUUUGUUCAUAACACAUAGUGUAAUAUAAGUUGUAUAUUUUCAUGUUUUUGGUUUUAUGUUACCAUUCAUGCCACAAUAAAAACAGGAGUUUAUGUACUCUUAAAAAAAAAAGAUGUGGGUUGCCACCAACCUGUUUUUUUUGUUUGUUUUUUGUUUUUUUGUUUUUGCAUUCUCUUUUUUUCAGUAUUACUGCCAUGCAAGGCACCAAUAAAAACAGCAAAUGUGUUCUUUACCUA